UUACUAGGUUUAGCACCAGGAAUUGUGGAUGAUAUUCUAAAUUUUGAUUUUGGUAACUGAUUGAAUUGCUAAGAAUUGAGCCGAAAUUACAAACAUCUCUGGCUAGAAACACCAAUCUCAGGGUACCAGAAACACCAAUCUCAAGGUGGAAUUCUGUUACUUUGAAUGCGUAAAGGCCUGUUGCCUGGUUAUUAUCACAUGGGUUUUGUUUUAAUGUUUUGAUUUGAUUUCCAAUAAUGUGUUUCGGCUCAAUUUCUGAAUCUAGCUAAGUUUUUUCUUGAUCAAUAUCAUUGUUCAGGUGGUUUCUAAUAGAAUAUGUCGAUCUAAUAUUUGAAGAGAUUAAGAAUGGGUUGUUGUUAAAUCUGUAACUCGAAUGAGAAUUUUACGCCCACAAGUUGUUUGAAGAAAAUCCCGAAUGAUAAUUUCAUGUUAGAUUGUUCCAUUUUAGCUAAGACAAUAUUGGUGAACACAGAACCGAAUGAGUUUCCAGGUUUACUAAUGGUGUUGAAUGGCAAAUCAACAUCUGCUAGAGGGUACCCUUAUGGAGCUAGUGGGUAUCUUGGAGGAUAUCCUAUGGGUGGAUAUGGAGCAGUAGGUUAUGGAGGGACCCCAAUCGUGUCUCCCAGGAGUCCACUAUGGAAUAGCUCUGCGAUGGUUGGCUCUCGAAGGAGUCCAAUGCCUUUUGGAGGUCCUGCAAUGUAUCCUGGUUACUUGAAUGGGGGUUUCGUGGGAAUGCCUGGUGCUGGUUAUCGUGGGAUUAUGGGUCCUACUGCAGCAAAUGGGAAAUGGAAUAUGGGUGGUGAUGCUCAGAUGCCAGGUGCUGCUACAUCUCCAGGAGUUGAUGGUGGAAAGUUGACUUCAUGGAAUGUCUUAAUACUACAGAACCAUAUGAGGUUCUGUUGCAAGAGAGGGGGGGGGGGGGGGGGGGGGGGGGGGGGGGGGGGGGGGGGAGAAAGAGAGGACAUACAUGAGGGGAUUAACAAACAAAACGAACAGAAACUGGAAGAGCUUCAUUUUCAACAAAUUACUGCUUUUGUCAAUCCAUGUUGUGUCUUUCAUUUGGAUACAUUUACAGUGUUUUUUUAUUUUUUCUUCUGAUCUUGUGCAUGAUUUACAACUAUUUCCAUCAUUUACCAUUAUUAUUAAGACAAUCUAUGGACUUCAAUGGAGUAAGAACAAUUGAGAGUGCAGAAGGUAAAAAAAAUGGUUGGCGAACUGUUAACGCUCAACUCCUUUUCCUUUUCCUGUACAGACGAAUUGUAAAAACACUUGAGGCCUGGUUGAAGUUCUGGAUCUGACAUGUUUACUUGGAAAGCUUUUCCACAGAUUCCAUAGCUUUUUCGAUAGCAUA